UUUAAAAUCUCCAGCCUGCAGCCCUCAUAAUCACCUGUUGCUCUCAGACUAGUCUGUAUGCAAGACUAGUCUUCUUCUCCACUUGUGCUGGUAACGGAUCAGCUGUACGGCGUUUGUACCACUCUGACUGACUGCGCAAUGAUGCACUCCCGGACUCUGAGAGUAGAUUAUGACAAACCUACACAAGUUGUAUGCGUUGUCGGCUACGAACUGAAGGUGAAGCUGCACAGGAGUGCCCCUCCCGGGUCCAAGUUCUUCUCUGUGAAGUGCACUGCCAAUGUUCAGUACAGCAUCAGCCCACCGUCCCAGGAAACAUCCCACCUCUCUCCCAUCCCUCUCAAUGGAAACUCAGUGCUACACAUCAGCAUGAGCCGUGCCAGCCAGUAUGAAAAUGAUAACAAGCUGUCAAUCCGGUACUAUGGGAAGAAUAAAGAUGUUCUGGGGAGAGCAGUCCUGCACCUGACUGCACUUGAGAUCUCUCUGGAUGUGGAUGCGGACAGAGACGGUUUUGUGGAGAAGAACAACCCCAAUAAGGGGUCCUGGAAAUGGGGUCCUAAUGGGCAUGGAGCCAUCGUUUUGGUCAACUGUGACUCAGAGCGGUCCUAUGGAAAGAAGCCAGACACAGAGCAGGACUACAUCUCCAGAGUGUCAGAUCUGAAGGACAUGUCUGUCAUGGUGCUGCGGACCAGAGGCCCUGCCAAGCUCCCAGAGGGCUACAAGCUCACAAUGCACAUCUCUCAGGGAGAUGCAGAGAGUGUCAGAGUCUUCAGGGCCAGAUCCUCUGAAGUGGGGAAUAAUGUCCUGUAUAUGCUACACAACCAAUUUGGGAAAGACUAUCCACUGGUGCUGAGCAGUGACUCCUUGUCCCAGGAAGUGCCUUACCUUGGAGGUGUAGGAGAGAUGAACUUUUAUGUGGAGGGCCUCAGGUUUCCUGACAAAGAUUUCGACGGGCUCAUCAGCAUCAACCUCAGUCUGUUAGAGCCCAUCUUUACAGGACUUCCAGAGACGCCUAUUUUCACAGACAAAGUUAUGUUCAGAGUGGCACCCUGGAUCAUGACACCCAACACCCUCAAGCCUCUAGAGGUGUUUGUCUGCAGAACAUCUGACAACCAUCAAUUCCUGAAAGGAAUGAGAAACCUUGUAGCCAGGAGUGGGUACCAACUUAAGAUUUGCCGCGAAUACAUGAACAGAGGAGAUCGCUGGAUGCAGGACGAGCUGGAGUUUGGUUAUAUCGACGCACCACACCACCGGUUCCCUGUUGUUCUGGAUUCCCCUCGAGAUAGAGGACUCAAGGACUUUCCAUAUAAAGAGCUACUGGGACCCGACUUUGGAUAUGUGACAAGGGUGGCCAAGGAUGUGAGCGGUCUGGACUCAUUCGGUAAUCUGGAGGUCAGUCCUCCCGUCACUGUGAACGGGAAAAACUAUCCCCUGGGCAGAAUUAUCAUUGGAGUGGCCUUUCCUACGGCAACUAAAGGACGGAACAUGACCAAAGUAGUUCAAGACUUCCUGUGGGCCCAGAAGGUUCAGGAGCCCAUUGCCUUAUUUUCUGACUGGCUCGUUGUCGGCCACGUAGAUGAAUUCAUGUCUUUUGUUCCUGCACCUGACAGAAAGGGCUUCCGGCUGCUGCUGGCUAGCCCAGAUGCGGCCUACAAACUAUUCAGAGACUUACAGAACGAUGGUCACGGACAAGCCAAAAUGUUUGAGGGUCGGAGAGAUGAAGAACCAGUCACUUUGGAUGAGAUACUUAGUGAUAGAAGUUUGCAAGCUGAAAAUAACUACGUACAGAGCUGCAUCGACUGGAACAGGGAUGUACUGAAGAGAGAGCUGGGCCUGGAUGAUGAGGACAUCAUUGACCUGCCAAUCCUCUUCAAGUUCGAGGACGAGUACAGAGCAGUGGCUUACUACCCUGACAUGGUGAACAUGAUUGUCUUGGGGAAAAACCUUGGCAUCCCGAAGCCCUUCGGCCCCAAGGUGAAUGGACGCUGUGCCCUGGAGGCUGAGAUGUGCUCACUGAUGGAGGGCUUGGGCCUCACGUGCACAUUCAUUGACGACUUCGCCUCUUACCACAAACUGCUGGGAGAGGUCCAUUGUGGCUCCAAUGUCCGCAGGGAACCGUUUGACUUCAAGUGGUGGAAUCUGGAGAUGUGAAUGAAAACUGUAUGGAGAUUGGUUAGAGAGGCAGAUAGAGGGCUUUAUUUUCAAAAAUUGUAAAUUGUUUUGGAAAACCUAUUUCAUAGGAAUGAUUAUGUUUGAAGAGGGAUUUUUUUGUCAAAGCCUUACAUUACCUCAAUCAUUUUUCAAUAAGUGCCACUUUUUUUCUCCAUAUAAUGUAUGCCUAAUUUCAUACCAAAGUAUUUGCAAUAAGUAACAAUCAACAUUUAUUAAGGAAACAUAACCGCAGUGUUUUGAUAUAUUGUUUGUAUCUUCAUCUUUAUUAAACCUUUUUGUUGGCUUUAUUUACAAAAAAAGGAUGUAAAGCAAUAUUUACAAACAAAUAUUUUGAACAAGGGCUUAAGCAGACAAGAACAGAAAUACAAUCAUUUGAAUUGAGCACAUAGAAGAUUCGCUCCCAAUCUGUUGUGGUUUGGAUCGGCCAUUGGCGUACAGUGCAAGCACAGUUAGAUGAAUGGAACCACAUAGUGAUGUGCAAUAAUAAUACAGAGCCACAAGAGGGCGUAAUCCAUCUACUCAAGCAUUUCCAGCCCAGAGGAAAAUCAUUUGAAAUCAUGUCCUUCAAUUCAUAAUAUUGACUUCAAAAGGCUGUAAUACACAAAUGUGUCAUUAUGAACUAAAAAGUGAACUAAGCCAUUUUCCAGUAGAGUCAAAUGCUGAAUAUUUUAAUUUGUUCUGAGUGAUUUGUAGCUAUAUGUAUACAUUAACAGGCUGUGUUUUGCAUUUGUUUCCAGUGUCUUCAAAUCUGUUGUAAUUUCACAUACUGUAAAUGCUAUCAUUAAUUCACUUUAGACAAUAAAUAUCAUGUCUGCUUCACUCUCAUCACUGAAAUAACAAAAAAAAAAUCCUUGUGUCAGUUCUUUCCUUCAUAACAAACUGAAGAUAGGGAAAAGCCUCUCCACUCAGGAAAGGUGAGCUGUUUCAGACUCAGGUUUACUGUGGUCAGCAGUCAACACAUUAUCACCAUUCGCUGCAGCAGAUAUGUACAAAUAAAUACAUGUCUACCUUGUUUUACAUUCAAGCCAGCUGGCAACGCAAAGCCUUUAAAUAUGACCCUCCUUCACAGCAGCUCAUGUGACACAAUCAUGAUAAAGGCAACUUCAAGACGAGUCACAGUGUAAUUCAUAUUCAGCGACAAAUCAGGUUUUUCAAAAGGUCACCAUUUCGGUAUAACUCUGAAAAUGUAGUGCUUAGGUCACAUAUGUAUAUUACACUUUACAAAUGAAGUAGGAAACUGGUUUUUGGCUCUCUAUCAGCAAUGUGCACUGCAUCUGGAGAUGUUGGCUGGUUUUCAAUAAAACACAAAUCACAGGGACAACACUUCUAUGUCAAGCAUGGCACCAGUGUACAGAGGAGAGUUUUUUUUGCAAGCAGAUUUACACCAUGCACAGUAUCGUUGUAUACACACCUGUACACAGACAUCAAAUCAACAAGUGGUGCGUGACAAAGAGCAUUUUGGAGACAAACUUCUAAACAGCAGUACCUUGAAUUGUGGAUUGAGGAUGCAUGUUGCUGGUUGGGGCAUUACAGUAAUUCUGCUUUUUACUAUAACCAUAUAGCAUCAACAGUUAUGUUAAAAUAUGUAUUUUUUAUCUACAGAUUUACUGUUGUACAAUUAGAAUUUGAAUUUAAAAAUUGCAGAUACAUUUUUUGUAGUAUAUUUCAUCCCUCACUCACCUAAGAAGAAGGUGAUUGAUGCUAUUACAGCCACCAACAACCGCAUCAAAGAAAUGCCCUCCAUCAAAAACGUGACAAAUGUACGGAAGCUGUCGUAAAACACGACAAAUAUCCACUGCAGAAUACUCAGAAGAAUAGAUCAUUAAUUAAACACAAAAACAUGGCCCGACAGACAGCCACACAAACACACACUCAGCACAUCAAAGUUGGACCCAUGUACAAUAUCACAGUGGGAUGUGAGGUUGACAUUAAAAAAUAAACCAUUUUCCUUUCUAGUACAACUCUCCUCUCUGCAGACCCACUGUUUCACAAGCUAAAUGGUUUGAUUGGUUUCUUUCAUCGUGCUUUCAGUCACAAGAUUAAACCUUCAUUCAAAUCCUGAUCUUUAAAAGAGGGCAAACAAGGUUUUGGAGCUUACUGGCCUGAAGAAUGAGCAGGCGGGCAGAGUUAUUCUGUUAAACCAGCUGACAGAUGACAGUCAGUAGUGAUGCUGCGUGGGUGCGGAGGUCUCUUUUCCUUUGCCUUGAGCUUUCAAGAAGGGUGCCAGAUGGAGCUGGAAUGGAGGCUAUAGGUACAUGUCCAUGGAGCGAGGUGUCUGUCAUGACAGGCAGCAGAUCCAUGCCAAACAUACAAAGGAAGAUCAGUCAGUCUCUUCAUCUGGCUUCUAACUCCUGCUCCUGUUCUGCGUCUGUGUUUGAGUUCACA